GAAAAGAAAACCGCUCCCGAUAAACCCUAAAAUUGUUUCUCAACUUCCCACUCACCACCUCCAUCUCUUUCACUCACCUCUUCUUCUAAGGAGUUGUAAGUUCAACUUCACAAAUUGUUUCCCCUUGCCGUUUGUAUUUGUUUUCUAUCUACCUCUUUCCCUUUCGAUUUUCCCAUAUUUUGGGUUCAAAUUGUGUAAUUUGGGAUUUACGUUUCUAUUUGGCUGAAUCGGAGACUCAAGAAAUAUGGAUAGAUAAAUUCGUGGGACUCAGAUCCUGGUUCCAAGCUCCCGUUCAACGUUCAUGAUUUCGGAGAUACCUAAUUCUCUCAUAGGUCAGGUCAGUUCACAAUUACAAUCCCAUUAAUUUAUGUUUUUAUGCCUUUUGUUGGUGAAGCAAUCUAGGUCUAGUCUCACUUUCUUGUUAGAAAAUUUGAAUCCGGUUUUUAUUUUUUGAUUGUCGGGGUUUGAUAAUUCGAGAAUCGCAAUGGUGGUUUAUUGAUCCGUGUGAAUAAAUCUGGAAUUUGAGGUUUUAAUCAACAUUGAAAUAUACGUUUGAGUUUGUUUUAAUUUAUUUUUUACAAUAGUCCAUCCCCUUCUUUAUCAUUGUAGUAUUUUCCAGUACAAGAAUUUUUAUUUUUGUUUCUUUUUUGGUUAUUAUAUGCCAAGGACUUCUUAAUUCAUAAUUUUAGAAUACAGGGUAGAACUUUUUUUUAACUUGUAUCAUUGUAUGUGAUUUUGGGUGCAGCCAUGAGGCAUUUAGUAUUUCCGUUGAACUUCCUUCUAUUUAUGGUUUGGAAACAGAAGUCUAGUUGAAGUUAUAUCAUGUUUGAAUGAUGAUUAUAUUGAGUAAUUCUAAAUUGUUAUUCUAUGUUUUUUACUCCUGGGGUUUGCUGACCAUUUUAGGCACAAAGAAACCUUCACUAAUAUUUUCAGUUCUAAAGUAUCAAGCAUCAAGCAAAUAACUUGACCAUUUUCAACUUUUUGUUUGCUAUGAAUUACUAUAUACAAUUCAAUGCAUUUCGAAUAUACUACCAUGUACUAUUCGUUCUAUUCAGCAGAAAGAACAAGGUUUGGGUUGUACAUAUCUAAUCCCAUAUACUCUACCUUUGGAAUGAGACUCAUGACAUGCAUUGUGUAAGAUAGCCUAAUCGACCAACUUUUUGUUCAUCGAAAAAAAAAUUCAAGAGCUUUUCCAUCUCUCUUCCUCCACACUGCAGUCGAUCUGAGAAACUGAACACGAUCUUGGAGCAUCCAAAUUUCAACGAGCUUCAAUAUUUUCUCAGAUCCGAACCAGAAGAAACUAUGGCAUAUGCUUAUUCUCAACCUUGAAAAGUUCAUUGCUCUAGCCAUUUUAUAGGUCUGUAAUAGCUUCAAUCUCUGAUAUUGUGAUGUUAUUUCCGAUUUUGCUUGAACUUCAUGUUUAUUUUGCUGCGAUUGUGUUGCGUUUUCUUGUUUGCUAUGGAUUUCAAGGAAUUUAGGUUUUUUUUUUACUUGUACGAUUAUGUGUUGUGAGAUUAGGGUUUUGAGGGAUCGAUCUUCGAGGAUUUGAGCGGAAUUAGGAUUUCACAUUGGUUUUAUAUGUUUUAGAGUACAAAGGUAAUUGAGGAACUAGUCAAAAUAUGAUUAAAUUUGGUUUAUUUGUCUAUUUCUUCAGCGAAAUUGGGUCUAUGUAAAUGCAAGAACUAUUGUUGUAAUGUGAUUAGUCAUGCUUGACUUUGUUAGUUUCUUUGUUUGAUUUGAAGUCUACUGAUUCCGUAUUGCUACUGGUUCUACAAAUGUUGGAUUUGUACCCAGCUUGAAUCAAAUGGAACUGUCUUGUUGUAUUCUCUAAUGGUGUAAUGAGUCUGAGUGCUACAUUGAAAAAAAAUCUGUGUUCUUUGAUAAUUUACAGGUUCUCCGAAUUUGGAGGUCCAGUUCACGAGCGACCUGUUGAAGAUUUGGCUUUUGCAGUUGCCCGUUUCAUACAAAGCGGUGGUUCAUACAUUUACUAUUACAUGUACCAUGGUGGAACCAACUUUAAACGAACAGCUGGCGUACCAUUCGUUACAACUAGUUAUGAUUAUGAUGCCCCAAUUGAUGAAUAUGGGAGUCCAGGUGCGUGCUGCAGUCAGGUCUACAGGGAGUGUGGUGUUCGAUUGCUGCUGUGUGUAAUCUUAUGUUGCGUACCCUUUUAUUGCAUUUGUUGUGUUUGGUUGUUAGGGAGUGGUCUGUACUCCUCUAACUUUUUCUGCUGUUUCGUUUAGAUACUUUUGUUCAUACCUUUUGGUAUUAAAUUUGUGUUUUGGAGAUAUAUAGCUAGCUAAUUUAAUAGUUUGGACAUGUGUAAACUUAAUUUGACGAUAUGAUAUGACGAUUUGGAGCGAGCUAAUACGUAUUAUUAUA